CCACUGCCAUUCUCUCUCUCUCUCUACCUUCAUUUCCCCCAAAAACCAAAAUCAAAGCCAAUUUUUCCAAUUCACGAAACCGAGGAAGAAUUCAAUCGACGAAUCGAGGAACAACUGCACCCUCGCAAUGUGUGGCGGAGCGAUCAUAUCGGAUCUCGUGGCGCCGGCGAGCCGGUCGUCGGCGAGGCUGACGGCGGAUUUGCUCUGGGGAAGCGCCGUGGCUGGUCUGAGCAGGAAGAAGAGCAAUCGCUUUAGGCAUGCGAGAUCUGCGCCGAUCGUCGACUUGGAGGAUGAUUUCGAGGCGGAUUUUCAGGAAUUCAAGGAUCGCUCCGACGGCGAGGACGAGAUUGGCGCGAAGAAGACGUUCGGUUUCUCAGCUCCGAAGAGCUCUGGUGUGAAAGGUGAGGGUAUGACACCUACGGACGCUGUUGAAUCUGAGGAGGAGGCUGAGAAAUCCUCGAAACGAAAGAGGAAGAAUCAGUAUAGAGGGAUCAGACAGCGCCCUUGGGGAAAAUGGGCGGCUGAGAUCCGUGACCCGAGGAAAGGGGUUCGCGUGUGGCUUGGUACAUUCAACACUGCGGAGGAAGCUGCUCGAGCCUAUGAUGUUGAGGCUCGGAGAAUCAGGGGCAACAAAGCUAAGGUGAAUUUCCCUGAAGACGCUCCGCCUGCUGCCUCGAGAUGUACUGUUAAGGCGAACUCGCAUCAAGAGGUUCCUAAGGGAAUCCCGGAGGCAGUUCAGCCCAAUGAGAAUGAGAGUCUGAAUUUCAUGAACAUGCUAAAUGAUGAUUACUUCGAUUCAUUUGGUGUCGUUGAAGAGAAACCACAGAUGAAGCAGUUCUGCUAUCCUGAGACCUACCAAACAGCUGACGGGAGCAAUCUAAAACCACUUACUCCUACUGAUGGAUCAAAUGUUUGCUUCAGCUCUGAUCAGGAAAGCAACUCUAUCGAUUGCUCAGACUUCGGUUGGGGUGACAACUGCAUAAAAACUUCAGAGAUUUCGUCUAUGCUGUCGACAGUGCUCGAGGGUGAACAAGCUGACUUUGUGGAGGAUGCUGGCCAAGCGAAGAAAGCCAAAACCAAUCCCGUUCCCAGUGAUGAGAAGAACACUGUCUCUGAUGAUCUAUCAGCAUUCGACUCCCAGAUGAAGCUCUUUCAGACACCAUAUCCCGAGAGCAACUGGGACGUCUCACUCGAAGCUUUCCUUAAUGGCGACGCAGCUCAAGAUGGUGGAAGCGCAAUGGAUUUCUGGUCCUUUGAUGACGUCCCGGCUAUGCUGGGCGGCAUCAACUGAGGCUGCUUAGCUAGUUAAUGCUGACUUUAUGUAAAUAAGGCUACAUGUGCGGUUGCUGCUGGUGAUCAAGAACGGCAAGAUCCAGAAACAUGCCUAAGCCAUGGACGGUGUUCUACUAGGACUCUGCAUAAGGUGCAUUACAUAGGUAAAAACUAGGCGGAAUUCGCGUUUGAGACUUUGAAAAACCAACGAUGAUAUGUCUGUACGGAUUAUUUUUUACGCGUUUUAAACUUAUAUCAUACCGUAUCUGCCGAAGUUUGUUUUCA